AUGGCGAAAAACGUGGAAGGAUUUGAGUUCGAACAGAGUCACGGGAAAGAGAGAGUAAGAGUAGCUCGCGUUUGGAAGAGCAAAGACGGUCAACAACACUUGGUUGUUGAGUGGCGUGUCAGCAUCAACCUCCUUUCCGAUUGCGUCAAUUCCUACAUUCGCGAUGAUAAUUCCGAUAUCGUCGCUACUGAUACCAUGAAGAACACUGUAUAUGCAAAAGCAAAGGAAUGUUCGGAAAUACUUUCUAUGGAGGAUUUUGCAAUUCUACUUGCCAAACAUUUCACAUCAUUUUAUAAGCAGGUUACCACUGCUAUUGUAAAAAUUGUGGAGAAACCGUGGGAGCGAGUUAGUGUCGAUGGUCAACCUCAUCAACAUGGUUUCAAACUUGGAUCUGAAAAACAUACGACAGAGGCAAUAGUAAGAAAGUCUGGUUCACUGCAAUUGACUUCUGGUAUUGAAGGAUUGUCGGUGUUGAAGACAACCAAGUUUCCGGGUUUGCUGCAUGCUAUGAACAUGCAAGCUGAUUUUCUUUUGGAUUUGUUGACUUGUGAGCAGUCUGGUUUUGAGGGCUUUAUAAGAGACAAGUAUACAGUACUUCCUGACACACGCGAAAGGAUGCUGGCAACAGAAAUAACUGCCCUGUGGAGGUUUUCAUAUGAAUCAAUAAAUAGCGUCCCUCAGAAGCCCCUUUAUUUUACGGACAAGUACCUGGCUGUGAAAAGAGUUUUGCUCGACACAUUUUUUGGACCUCCAAAAGAAGGAGUCUAUAGUCCAUCAGUUCAAAGCACUCUCUACCAGAUGGCAAAGGCGACGCUAAACAGGUUUCCUGACAUAGCUUCUAUUCAACUAAAGAUGCCAAAUAUUCAUUUCAUACCAGUCAAUCUCUCAAACAAGGAUGGUCAGAUUGUAAAGUUCAAUGACGAUGUGUAUUUACCAACGGACGAGCCACAUGGGUCAAUUGAAGCUAGCUUGAACCGCAAUCGGUCAAGGAUGUAG